CGCCUCCCGGGGCUGGCGCCUUAAAGAGACACACAGCAGCGCCUCCCUCCCGGCGGCAUGGCGGCGGCGCGCGGCUACCAGCGCACGGAUGAUCUGCACAAGACUCAUAACUCAGUGUCAGCCGCAGAUGGACUCUCCUCGACUUCAUUUAUAGACUAUCCAAAGUACAAGCCUUUUAUUAAUUCGGAUUUGCUGCUCUCUCCACGGAAACCAGUAAUUCCAUAUCCUGAAAGCAACAGCAGAGCAAUAUUUUCUGCUCUGAAGAAUCUCCAGGAAAAAAUUCGGCGACUGGAGUUGGAACGGCUGCAGGCAGAGGAGAAUGUGAAACACCUCAGCAAGGAAACUGCAGACUACAAAAAAGUGCUGAGUGAGCAAAUGCAACACAAAGAGCAUGACAAGACUGAAGUGUCAAAGAAAAACCAAGAACUGGCUUCUCAACUGGCAGCUGCUGAGUCUCGGUGCAGCCUGUUAGAGAAACAACUGGACUACAUGAGAAAAAUGAUCCAGCAUGCAGAAAAUGAGAAAUCUCAUCUCUUGGAGAAACAGGGUUCGUUGGAGAGAGAUCGGCUUCUUGAUCACUCACACGUUCAGUCUAAGUUGGAGAAGCUGGAUAUGCUGGAGAAAGAGUACAGCAGACUUACUACAAUGCAGUCCAUAGCAGAGAAAAAAAUGAAAGAGCUGGAACAGAAGCUUCAGGAGGAAGAACACGCACGGAAGCUCGUUCAGGAAAAAGCAGCGGAGCUUCAGACAGGCCUGGAAACCAACAGACUACUGAUUCAAGCAGCAUCACCGUUGCUUUCUCCAAAAGCAAGACAACCCAGGAAGAAAACUAAGCAGCGAGAGAAGAAAUGCUCUCCUACCAGCCACCUCGCUCCGCAGCCCCAUUACAGACUGUGUCUGGGCGACGUACCCUUUGUAGCUGGGAAGUCUACCAGUCCCAGCCAUUCAGUCGGUGCCAACGUGCAACAUGUCCUACACCUGAUGAAACAACACUCAAAAGCUUUGUGUAACAGUCGUGUGGUAAAUGAUACUCCACUAGCAAAACCCAUCAGUACUGGCCAUCCUGCCAGCAAAAGCAGGAAGUCCUCUCUGCCAAAGGAAUCUUCUUCAUCCCAAGAAGAGCUCUCAGAAGUGCUGCUGACUCUACAAGAUGAAUUUGGACAGAUGACUUUUGAUCACCAGCAGCUGUCAAAGCUUGUCCAGGAAGCUCCAACCAUUGCAGUGAGGGAAGAUCUGGAGAGGGAACUUGAGGUGCUUGUGGGAAAGAUGGAAGCAAAGGCAGACCAGAUCAGCAAAGUCCAGAGGCAUCGGUUGCAGCUUGAGAGACUCAAGAGAGAAUGUAAAUCCCAAAAGACUUCUGCUAAACAAAUAAAAGGCAGCAGGUUCCCUGUUAAUGAGGUUAAAGUGACAACUACAGUAACCACGAAAGGGAAGAACGUCGGUCCCAUCAAAGUGAAACCUGGAGAGAAGAGUCGGAAGAAUCUGCAGCUGCUGAGAGACAUGCAGAGCAUACAGACUUCACUGCAGAAAGAUGAUAUCAGCUGGGACUACUGACUGUUCUGCACGAGGUGUUCUGGAACCAUCCUGCUACAUGUUCUCACGUUCUGGAUAUGGAGCAGUUGUCUCUCUUGCUGUGUGACUGCUGUAUGCCAAGUGCACUUUGGAAAUAGGGGCCAUUGACUCCACAUCUGUGGGUUUGGUUUGUGUGUAUUGUGGUCUAGUUUACAACUCAUUCCAUUUCCAAGACACUCAGCCACUGAAUCUACCCAUAGGUCUCACCAUUUCCUUCUGUGCUGUGGCUGCAGCGCUCCCUCUGCUUCACCCAGCACUGCCCCUGUCUGUGGGGUGCUGUGUGUGAAAUGUCACACUCCUGCUAUUUCUGCAUCUGGAGGCUUCUCAAGAUGCAUCUGGCUGAGAAUGCUGCCCUUGAGGAACUUAUGUCAGUGUUGUGUGUCUGCAGCUGCAGUUACUCUUAGGCUGUCUCAGGGAGAACAGGUAAAAGUCCUUUUACAGGUGACUGGAGCUCUCCUCAAAAAGCUUUCCUAGUUCUUGUGCUGCAUUGCAUCAGUCAGCAUUAAUGGCAGUGGCAGGGGAGGCUGAGUGCUCAAAAAAGGAGCGAAAUAACUUUGCCAAAUAAUUUUGCUUAGUGAUUGAUUGAAGCCUGAAGAGUGAAAGUUUUCUACACCAAUCUUACUUUAUUCAAAAGGUACAGGAUAGGGGAUGGUACCUUGUCUCCUAGUUAGCUUUGGGUGGUAAAGGACAGAGAUAAACCACAGGCAUUUUAAACUGCAAGUGCCUCAGUUGUGCCAUUCAGUCCUGGCAUCUUGCUUUUAACUUGAAAUCCGUGCUUGGAUGAGCUGUCUGCUUUGGUAGUGGUGCAAUUCAUCUUGCACUCUGACUUGCACAGCUGACUAAAUGUUAUUUAUUAUGUUAAUAAUGUAAAGAAUUUCCUAUUAAUGGAAUGUAUAGAAGGCCUAGAUUACCUGUUUAUACAGUUGAAAAGUAAUAAAGCCAGCUCGCCUGUUAAAUGGGUUGUGGAAAGGCUGCACUUCCUCUAUAUGACCUGUUUGCUGCAGCACUGUGCCCCCUCCUCUGUGCUUUGUGUGGUGAGGUGUCAUCUCCCUGGUCAGGGUGAUGACAAGAGCUACAAGCAAGCUGCAGGUGAGGUGAAAGGUAGAGCUGUCCACCCCUCUGCCUGUAGCUGAACAGACAGGGAACUCUAGAGGGUCAGCACGGACAGAAGGGGUUUGAGUUUGAAAUAGCUGUAGGUGAUCCAUGCUGCUUGCCCCCGAGGCACAGAGGUGUUUAACUGUGAGGGGAGAAGCCAGAAGCUGUUAAGCAGGCCUGGAGCCAUCCCCCUGAACCUCACUGAUGCUGGAGGCAUUGGCUGCAGGGAGCUGGGGAGCAGCUCAUCCUGGAGCUGAAGCUGCCCAUGGGACAUUUGCCUGGGCACAACCUAUGAGGAGCAGGGGCUGCCUCAGGCCUCCUGCAGCUCCUCACUGAUGGAGGGCUGAGGGCUGGAUGAGGCUCUGUAGGUGCUGCACACAGUGCAUGAAGUGCCCGAGUUGGAAUUAAGCCUCCUAGGAGCGAGAGCACUGAGGAGCUGGCACUGAGUGGAUCCCAGAUCAUCCCAGGGAACUUGGGAUUAAUGUCAGUUAUGUGGAAGAAUGUGAAUCCUGCUUUUGACAGAGAUGACUGUGCUAAUGUGCUCCACAGUGCAGGAAUGGAUCGGGGUUCUUACUGUGAGGGUAUUUUUGCAAUACUGAGCAGUGAAGCACUGUACCUGUAUUAAUAUUGUCUGUAUGUGGUAAGGGAAACCUGGCCAGAGAUGCAUUUUGUUUCCUGUCAUUCUAAAUUUCAGAGCUUGAACGUUAGCACCUUGCAAGAGCACCUGCAGAAGGAGGAGAGUGAUUUGCAUUUGCCAUACUAAAUUUGCAGUGCUAUUUCAGUAAAGGUUGUGUCCUACAAGUCCGUUGGAGAACCAGGGAGGUGGAAACCAGAGCACAGAAACCUUUACCCACUUACCAUUUUUAUUAGUGUUCAGGAAACCAAACAGCCUUCAUCAAGGAACAAAAUAUACACACAGGGUCAGUUUGCUAAUACAGAGUAACACUGUGAACCAUCUUCUGUGGUGAUUGUACGCGAGAGCAGAGCUGCCCUUGAACCUUAAAGCAAACCCAAGUCCUUCAGAAGGUAUUGUGAGGGGAGUCUGUGCACCGUUGAACCCCAGGGUUCAACCCUGAGACUGCAGGGGGAUGCUGCUGCUGCUGCCUCAGCGGGAAGGUGGCUUUUGAAAGGAAGUUUCUCAGGCAUAAGUUGGUCUUGGUCCACUCCGGUGCUCUCUCACAAAAUACUUCAUGGUGGGAGAGAAGCUGAGUGGUGCACGCUGCAGAGGGGUGUAUGGAACAGGGGACCCCAGUCUAGGGUCCCCUCUGCUUUCACAGGGAAGGAAGGAAGAUCCUGCCCCUGCACAACUUGUAACUCUGUUCUUUUACAGCCCUGCACAUGGCUGUUGGGAAGAGCAAUGGGGCAGUCAUGGUUUUCACCAAAUGUCUUUUUUUUAUCUCCAUUUGUACAGUAACAUUUUGUAUUAAAGUUGAAUUUGGACUUUGGGCAGGUGACACAUUCUUGAAGGACACCAUGAGGCAAGAAGACCUAACUGUAGGGCUCUCAUGGGCUCAGCUGUUUAGCCUGGCAGCAUGGCCUGAAGUAGCAGUUGCAAUGUGGGCAGAAAGGCUUCUUUGGUCAAUACACAGUUGCUUCUAUGAGUUAGCAGAAAACUGAAAUACCUGCAGCACACCACGCUGACCCUGCACAGAAGCAUUAACAUCACUAAGCAGAAUGAAACAGCGGCUCCCAGCACUUCACAUGUGCCCCUCAGUAUCCCACUCCCUUUCCCCUGCUAAGCAGGAGGCACUGGAGGCCAGAGGAGCUGUAGGAAGGCCUAAGGAGCCAUGCUCUGCUAUCCCCUGAGAAACAGAGGUGCUUGAGCUGCAGCCUGGCACAGCCCACAUAAACUGAAGGUGAGACUAUAAAGAUGCAGAGGUGGAAGUAAACUUCACCCUACAAAGUCAAAUCAUGUAGGUUGCUCUUCUACGUGCCCUGGUGGAGUGGUAAAAGCUGCCCCUCCUUUAAAUAAGGCCUCAUUUACAUGGCUUCCUCAGAGCUAGAGUGAAGGGGAAAGUGAGAAAGGAAGUGGGGUUGCGAUGCCGUCACUGCUGGUCUCUGGGGAUGGUGGCAAAUCCCCUCAUCAACCCCACAGUGCUGACACCAACAGCGAGGCUCGUGGCUUCACAGCUGCCUUCUGGGCUCCACAACAGUCCCAUUCAGUGCUUCCUCCUAGCAAACGGGAGGGUUUUCAAACUUCUGGGUAGGCAUUUUUCCUCCACAGCACUUCCUUCCAGUGCACUAUCUCUCUGUAAACCCAGGUGACUUCAAGCACAGAAGUGAACAAAGAAUGAGCUCUAGGUUUCUUUUAGGUGGCAAGUGCAAUGAGCUUGUGUUACCAUCAAGCCACUGAGAAGGUUAGUUGCAUAGGGGGCCUUGUUUGUUUUUGCUUAAGCUUCCUCUAGUGCUACAGUACUAAUAAAUUACCCUGGAAAGAAAU